CUCCCCGACCCCCUCUGAAGCAUUAACUUGCUUCUCUCACCCUCUCUUGCGCACACAAUGGCCUCGCAACCGUCCCAGCAGUAUGCUUACCGCGCGCAGAAGAGCUUCGGCCUCGUUGGCGGAACCCCCAACUACGAUUCUAUCGAUAGUUUCCAAGCACCGGAGGUGCCCGCGAGGACGUACCAGUACAGCCCCGAUGGCCGUCUCUUGGCAUACGCCAUCCCUACCGGUGUCCGCAUCUUCCAGGCGGAGAGCGCACAGCUGCUCCAGGAGCUCUCUCUCCCCAAUGUCUUAGAGAUCGGCUUCUCGCCACGCGGAACGUACCUUUCUACCUGGGAGAGGCCCCAAAAGUUUGAGGACGGCACUCAACACAAGAACCUCCGCAUCUUCUCCGUCUCGACAGGCGAGGAACUUGUCGCCUUCUCACAGAAGUCGCAGGAGGGGUGGGAACUCCAAUACACCAUCUCCGAGUCUCACGCUGUUCGCCUGGUUGGCCAGGAGAUCCAGGUGUUCCGACCUGCGGAGUGGUCCAAGGGUGUAGUGGAUAAACUCAAGGUCGAGGGUGCGACGUCCAUCACUCUCAGCCCGGGACUCAACCCGUCCGUGGCAGUCUUCGUCGCGGAGAAAAAGGGACAACCGGCCACCGUCAAGAUUUACAGCCUUACGGCGCUCAACGGCCUUCCGACAUGCCAGAAGACUUUCUUCAAGGCUCAGCGCUCCCAAAUCAAGUGGAACACACUUGGCACUCAAGUUCUCGUCCUGACGGCUACUGAUGUUGAUCAAGCGAACAAGAGCUACUACGGCGAGACCGGUGGUCUCUACUUGCUAAGCGCUGCCGGCAACUUCGACUGUCGUGUCACCCUCGAUAAAGAUGGUCCCGUCCAUGAUCUCGCGUGGAGUCCGAAUUCGAAGGAGUUUGUUGUCAGCUAUGGCUUCAUGCCUGCGAAGACGAUGCUGUUCGACCAGCGUGCCCGGACUCUUCACGACUUCGGCACCGCAUUCUGCAACUUCAUCUCUUUUAACCCACAAGGUCGUCUACUGGCUAUCGCCGGCUUUGGCAACCUUGCAGGUAAAGUUGACAUCUACGAUCGCCGGACACUUAACAAGGUCACGAGUAUCGAUGCGUCCAACACCUCGCACUGUGAGUGGUCGCCCGACGGCCGCUUCCUCCUCACUGCCACGCUCUCCCCUCGACUCCGCGUCGACAACGGCAUCAAGAUUUGGCACUGCACAGGACCGCUCGUUCACGUUCAGCUCACGGAAGAGCUCUACCAGGUGUCAUGGCGACCCACCCCAGUCGACGCCCUCCCUCCCUUCCCGCAAAACAUACCCCCCGCCCCCGCUCCUGCUCCAAGCGUUCUCCAACACGCCGACGUCGCGAAGCCUACCCCUACGAAGCCUGCUGGUGCGUACCGACCACCCGGCUUACGCGGUCUCGAGGCAUCAGCCGCGUACAAGCGGGAGGAUGGCACGCCCAGCGGGCAGUCGACGCCCAAUGGGCGCUACAGCAGGAGUCCUGCCCCAGGGCGGUUCCAGAACGGCAGGAAACACGUGCCCGGCGCGCCGACUUCCCCAUCACCCGUGCGCCAGGCUGGGGGCGACCAGGAGAAGCGUGGGCGGAAGCGGAAGGGCGCGAAAGACAAGGAGAAGAAGGAGGGCGGCAAGAAGGAGGGUGGUGAGGUCGACGGGGGUGCACGUCCGUCAUUGGACAUCAACGUCAAUGGGAAUGGGAACGUGGUUGUGGCCGAUGCUGGUGCUGGUGCUGGUGCUGAUGGCGCUGACGGCGCUGUGUCCAUCCCGCCUACGCCGGGCGCUGAUGGCGGGCUCGACCCGAUAGCAAAGAAAGUCCGGAACUUGACCAAGAAGCUCAAGGCGAUUGACGAGCUCAAGGACAAGCAGAAGAAGGGCGAACGGCUUGAGGCGACCCAGCUCAAGAAGAUCGAGACCGAGGCUGAGAUCCGCAAAGAGCUAGCUGGUCUCGGUAUCAAUCCAUAGCGACCCUCCCGGUGUCUACAUGUGCUUCGCCUCAUCGCAUCUUGUUCAACCUUACCAUCGCAUUACGACCCACUAUAUCCACGCAUCUCAUGAUCCCCCUCAUCCUACUAAUACUGCGGCCGGGUCAAGAUUCAGGUCACACAUACGCACACACGUAGACUUGACGCAUGGAGUUUGCCCGGCCUACUGUCGCUGCUUCUCCAUCUGUCUCUGGUCUGUCGUCUGCCUCUUCUCCUCUCGCUAUCAUGUCGUUGUUGCUUCGCCCAUCAUUGUUUCGUCUUUCGGACACCAUCCACCUUGCUGUCGCUCACGCGUUACAUUUCACGUCGUCACUGUGGGAGGAGACCACGGCGACGAGGCUCUGGGAGCCGUGCAUGCUGUUUAACGCGCGUUCGGGUACUAAUGUUAUUGGAAGACGCAUGGAGUCCUUGUUGUAAGUACAUUGGGUGGUCAUUGGGGUGUUGGAUAGCAUUAUAUUCUUAUCGCUGCAUGUUCGAAGUCAACGAGUGUUUGCGCGUGCGCGUGUCGUGGUGCGUCA